GGAGCCCAAUGGAGUAUCCAAAGUCCUGAGCCCCAUUCCUGUCGCACCUUGUGGGAUGAGCCUAAGACCUUGGUUUCUCCUGGAGCGAUGGGUCCAGGUGGACUCUAAUUGCCUCUGUUGAUCUAGACUGCUCCCGUGCUCAAGUUCAAAGAGAGUGGCACAGGCAACCAGGGCUCCGUGCCCUCUGAUCUGGGUCCCCUUGUGGCCUCCACAUGGAACUCUGGGUUUCCCCUGACCGAGUGUGCCGUUGUGUGAGCUCAGUUUCAAUGGAGAAAGAAACCGGGUUGAGCAAAAAGAACAUUUACUUUUCCCACCAAGCUGAUGCCCAAGUAAAUAGUGUGGUCCCAUCGGUGGAGCCCAGGCCCUGCCCCCUUCCCUCCCUCCAAGUGCAGCCUGGAUUAUUUAAGAAGGCACCCCAGUUGAGCACACCUCACACGAGACCAUCGGACCCAGAGACAGGCCAGCGCCUCACUCGCCAGCCUCCUGACCACCAUGAAGCUUGCCAUAACUCUUGCCCUGGUCACCCUGGCUCUCUGCUGUAGUCUUGCUUCCGCAGGGGUCUGCCAGAGCUUUCUAAACGUCAUGGAAACCCUCUUCACGGGCACGCUUUCCAGUUACGAGGCCGCCGUUGAACCUUUCUUGCCAGACGCGGACAUGAAAGACGCGGGGAUCCAGCUGAAGAGGCUGGUGGACACGCUUCCUCAGAAGGCCAAGGAGGGCAUCUUAAAGCUCACGGACAAAAUCAUAAGAAGCCCACUGUGUGCUUAGGAUUCAGAAGCUGAAGGUCUCCAGCCGCCGAAGUCCCUGCUGCUCCCCAGACGCUUCCCUCACUGUGUCCCCAGCCUGGCUCCCUUCAAUAAAGCACAAGCAUCUCA